UCAAGGUGGUUCAGAUAUCAGCGCUCUGCGCGCCACAGGACGCACGGGACUUACUCGUAGGAAGGAAGGAAGGAAGGAAUAGGAAUACAAUCACUUCUCUGCUGCGGUGUCAGAUUGGUUUAAUAAACUGUUAAAGGUAUUUUCUCUAAAAGGAGUAAGCUGUAAAAGAAAUGAAAGCGUGGCAAGUUCGGUUUCUUUACUUUCUGGUGUUGAAUGCAGCUGUGCAGUAUGUGACGUCUUUGGAAGAAGAGCUCACCGAUUCUAUUUUUGGUAACUUCCUCGACCCUCUGAAAGACCUGUUUGACCACAAGGAUGACAGCAAUCAAACUGUUGCCAAGUUCUCUCUCCGCAAACCAUCCCAUCCCGAUGAUGACCUGUGCUACAUCAUUCCUGGCAAACCUGACUCCCUGGCAGCCUGCACCUUCAACAGUACCUCCAAAACCUUCCUAGUAAUCCACGGCUGGACGUUGAGCGGUAUGUACGAAAGCUGGGUUGCUAAGCUGGUAUCAGCGCUAUAUGAGAGAGAGCAGACAGCCAACGUCAUCGUGGUGGACUGGCUCAACUCGGCCCAGAACCACUAUGUGGUCGCAGCCCAGAACACCAAGGCAGUGGGACAGGAGAUCGCUCACUUCAUUGACUGGAUCGAGGAAACGACCAACAUGCCUCUUGAUAACAUCCACCUGAUUGGCUACAGCCUUGGGGCUCACGUGGCGGGAUUUGCUGGCAGCCAUGCAACCAAUAAAGUCGGAAGAAUAACAGGUCUGGACCCAGCUGGCCCAGACUUUGAGGGUGAGCACGCCCACAGGCGCCUCUCCCCAGACGACGCUCACUUUGUAGACGUCCUGCACACCUUCACACGGGGCUCUUUGGGUCUCAGCAUCGGGAUCCAGCAGCCUGUGGGCCACAUAGACAUUUACCCCAACGGAGGCAGCUUCCAGCCAGGCUGCAAUCUCAGGGGGGCCCUGGAGAAGAUCGCUAAUUUUGGGAUAUUUGCCAUCACUGAUGCAGUGAAAUGUGAACAUGAGCGUUCGGUCCACCUGUUCAUCGACUCUCUGCUGAACGAGCAGGAAGCGGCGAAGGCGUACCGGUGCGGCAGCAGCGACAUGUUCAACCGCGGCAUGUGCCUCAGCUGCCGCAAAAGCCGCUGCAACACAGUGGGCUAUGACAUCAGCAAGGUCCGCAAGGCACGCAACAUUCAGAUGUACACCAAGACACGAGCCUCCAUGCCUUUCAGAGUUUACCACUAUCAGCUGAAGAUCCACUUCUCCAGUAAGGUGAACCGUUCAGAGAUGGAGCCCUCGCUGACCGUCUCACUGUACGGAACCAAAGGAGAAGCUGAAAACCUGGAGCUUAAACUAAAGGAGAAAAUAGCGACAAAUAAGACACAUUCAUUCCUGCUGGUGACGGAGAAGGAUAUCGGAGAACUCUUGAUGUUGAAGUUUAAAUGGGAGGAGGCAAACGGCUGGUCAGCUUCCAACAUGUUGAAGAUGGUUUCUUCUUGGUGGUCCGGGGACUCUGACAGCGCUAACAUGGAGGUUCACAAAAUUCGUAUCCGAGCCGGCGAGACCCAGCAAAAGGUGGUGUUCUGCGUGAAAGACCCUGAUACUCAGAAUUUAACACAGGAGGUCACAUUUGUUAAAUGUAAGGAUGCGUGGAGGACGACCGCAAAACGAACCCCAAAAAGAGUAACUCUGGAGAACCACUGACCCUGAGGAAACGAUCCCACAGUUGAACACCCGUCUGUCCAUUUCAGCACUUAGUAAAUAAUUUAUACACCUGUAACUUAUUUUAUUUCUCAAAUUACAAAAAAACCUUCACCACCUUGUAUAUAUCCACAGAAGUAUGUCUGUUAUUUAAAGCAAUAUGUAUGUAAAUUACUGUAUAAUAUUUUGUAAAGAGUUGUUUUUAUGACAUAUAACUGUAAUGUCAUUGUUGUACAAAAUGAAAGUAAAUUCUUUAGUGUCCAAAGAGAUGGAAACACUCAAACUUGCCAUACUGAGAGGAUAUAACGUAAUAGUUCUGGAGGUAGUGAUGUCAGAUUGUGUACAAAGUGUCAUAUUUAAACAACCACUGUGAAAAAUAAUGUACUCUUUGUGUCCAUGGCAUCCUGUAGACUGUUGUUACCGUGCCACUUCUCAAAGAGAGGGGGAUUUUUACAUAUUAACGUGUUCUAUGCAAUAGGGUACAGUUUAUUUAACUUGAUGCACAGUAUUAUCUGACUAUUAACCCAACAGAGCAUUCACCACUGUGGCUCUCAGCACGACACACGUGACUGUGGGACCUGUAUCAGUGUGCCUUACUGUAAACAGUUGCCAGCAGCAGGCUGUCGCAAAUUAAACUUGUCUUAACCUUUGGUGCCGUUUUCCACCUGCUUUAUUAUUCUUACUGUAAGAACUUUCGUGACUUUUACUGAAACAUAUGCAAGAGCUGCUGCUUUCAUAAUGAGCAUCUCUGCAGCAUCUUUACAGCUACACCUCUGCAUAAUGACGUGUUACUUUGAAGCUGUUACCUCAAACUCAAAGACAUUUUGUAUACCAUGGAUCUAUUGAUUAAAGUGUAUGAGGUCCUGGAUGAUCAGUGUGAGGUGGAAGGCACAGUUAAUAUCAGUGUUGCCACUGUAUUGUGAAACUGUGAUUUCUUCUGUGCGUGUGACUUUUUAAAUUUCAAUUAAUGCUCUACUAUUCAUAAUUAAAUUUCUGUUUCUGUGAGCAAUAUCUAACCCAUGGCUCUUUAGAGAUCGGUACUCUAAUCAUUGUGAAUUAAUUUCCACCUUAAAAGAAAGUGGAGAUGCUUUACUUUUGCACUGAAGACGGGGGAAGAGAUUGCUAAACGUUAAAGUUACUUGUACAGUAGAUUUAUUGUAAAUACCAUAAAGCAUAUGAUGAUAGAUUUUGUAGUAUGGAACACUUUUUUUGUCUCUGUAUUUUUACUUCUGGAUUGAUUGAAUCUGUAAACUGUGCAUUUCUAUAAUCCUCUGUAUAUAUUUGUAAAUAAUAUCACUCUACUGUGUAAAUUCUCUAAUAAACCAAAUCUGCCAUCUGA